UUGAUGGCAGUUUCGGUGCGCCUUUUUUUAUUUUUAUAAAUUUAUUCAUAAAUUUAAUUUUAGUAUAGUUUGUCACAAAAAAAUUUAAUCCUUUAACGAUCAUAAUACACAAGCAGUUCAAACACGGACGUGACGUCAAUGUAUGUGAUCACCAACCAGCCAUAGUGAAAACAUCAGCACGUUUACGGAUAUAUACUUUGUUGUAUAUUCCGUGUAACAACUUGUGUAAGUUGUUAAAUUUUUAAAUAUGGAAUCACUCAGGGAACAAGUAAUGAUUAAUCAAUUUGUGUUAGCUGCUGGCUGUGCAAGAGAUCAAGCAAAACAGCUCUUACAAGCCGCUCAUUGGCAAUUUGAGACGGCGCUUAGCAUUUUUUUUCAAGAAGCAACAGUGCCCAAUUGCCAUCAUGCUCAGAAUAAUCGGUUCAAUUCAGUGAACAUGAUCACUCCAGCAAAUACACCAGCCACACCUCCCAACUUCCCUGACACACUCAUGGCUUUCUCAAAAAUGUCUGCCAGUGAUAAAAUGUCUGGGAGCUCCUCUGGGCCCUUUUCCUACUCUACAUCCCCUCCUCUUAACAACAACAGCAAUCUUCAACAUCAGAGCGCCACCAUGGCAUCAUCGGGCCAUCCUCGUACACAACGAUAAGUACAACAACUACUCAGAAUCACUUGGUCAUAAGAUCAAUUCCUUCCUUGUGGAACUCUUCCCUUCAUGUGCUGUCAAGUUUAGCCCUUCAAAGAUAAAGGAACUAUGUAAUGUGAUAUGUGCCUGUUGGCCAACCAAAUGGCAGAGAGCAUACUUGCAAUAUUCUCUGAUGUUAGACCAUAUGUGAUGAAGGAUUUAAAAGAAUGUGUCAGAUGCAUUGGACAUACAUUCUGAAUAUGCAUAUGUGUGAUUUUGGACUGAGUGGUCUUAAUUCUGUGUAUAAGCAUGCUGUGUGGGUUUAUUUUAUCCAUAUAUCAAUUAUGCCCCUAUUCAGUGUUUGUGAUACUUUUCAAAACUUUACCUCAAUCCAUUCACAGUUUGAAUUUCAGGGGCCUAGUCAGCAAAAGCAUUGUUGAGUCACAUCCAAGACUGAUAGUGUUUGACUUACCUUCAUAUAUGUAUUCAACGUAGAUUUGUUGGGUUCUUCGUAUUGUCACCUAAGGAGCACAAAAAGAAAAUGAUGCACCUACAAAUCAAUCAAGUAUUUUCUUUUUUUGCAAGCUUUAAGUAGACAUGGGGGAAUCAACAUUUUUUUUUAAAGCUUAAUAAUGCAAUUGAAAUAAUAAGAUUCUGUAGAUCAUGUAAAAAAGGAGAAAGAAAUGGAUAUGAGUUUUGCAAAAAAAGAAAGAUGAACCUUGUUACAAAAAAUAUUGUAUAUUUUAUUUUUUAGCUUUUAUUCCUUUGUAGUGCUCCUUUUUAUAACUAAAUAUUCAACAGAUCUUUCUUUUUCCAGAAUUACUGGAAAUCUAUAAGUACAAGAAUGCUGUGUACUUGAAGAACUUUUUUCAAAUUUGUGUUAAAAUAAAUAACACAUUUUGAUUAUGA